CACGGAAGUGACGUCCCGUCGCGGCCAUCUUGGUACACCCACCGGUGCUCUGUCAGAUCAGGUAACCCGUCAGAAAAACAUGGCGGCGUCCAGGGUGCAGCACGUUGUUGCGGAUUCCGGGGCUUUCCUGAGGAAUGCGGCGCUCCAGGAUAUCGGCGCUUCUAUCCACACGGUGCGGGAGGUGGUGAGCGAGAUCCGGGACAAGGCCACCCGGAGGCGGCUGGCUGUGCUGCCCUACGAGCUGCUCUUCAAGGAGCCCAAACCGGAGAGCGUGCAGAUAGUGACGGAAUUCUCCAAGAAGACCGGAGACUAUGGCAGCCUGUCCGCCAUUGACAUCAAGGUUCUGGCUCUCGCUUACCAGCUUGAGGCCGAGCAUGUCGGACGGGAUCACAUCAGGACGGAACCGACUAGUAAGGUCUCUGUCAGCACAACAGUUCGGCACCCAGAAGCUCCUGUGAAUGUGGUCGGCUUCCACUUCCCAUCCAAGUCUGCAGGUAAAAAGGAAGGCUCAGUGAAGUCCCCGGUGGUGGAGGAGAAGAAUGACACCACUCAGGAGAACAAAGAGUUCGAUUCUUUCCUUUUUUGGAGGAGCCCCUUGCCCAGUAUAGAAGAUGAUUUGGCAGAACUGAUGAAUGCCCAGGCCGUGUCAGUAAUUGCCAUCCCUGAGCCGGUGAAGUCACCAGACAAGAGGGAGGAGUCACCCAGCACCUCUGGGGAUGAAGGGGGGGAACAUGAUCACCAUGAUGAAGAUGAUGGAGGAGGUUGGAUUACACCUGGGAACAUCAAACAAAUCCAGCAGGACAUGGGAGUCCUCGAGGCUCCGGAUAAUGUGGUGGUCGGCUGCUUGACUACGGAUUUUGCUAUGCAGAACGUCCUCAUCCAGAUGGGACUCCAUGUGUUGUCUGUAGAUGGAAUGCUGAUCCGCCAGACCAGAAAUUACAUAUUGCGUUGUCAUGGCUGUUUCAAGACAACUUCUGACAUGUCCAAAAAUUUCUGUCCUCAUUGCGGGAAUAUGACCCUAAAGAAAGUGGCUGUGUCUGUGGAUGAGGAUGGCGGGCAGCACAUGCAUUUCUCCAGGAACCCCAAAGUCCUGAACACCCGGGGCAUGAGGCAUUCAUUGCCCGCCCCUCAGGGGGGAAAACACGCAGCAAACCCGCAGUUGGUGGAGGACCAGAAUUUCCCCCAGCAGCGUCUCUCCAAAAAGGCGAGGUCCAAGACCGACGUCUUCAACCCGGAUUACAUCGCCGGAGCUUCGCCCUUCGCGGAAAACGACAUCUACAGCCGCGCCGCCAACCUAAACAUCAAAGACGCGGCGCAGGGAGCUGGCCGCCGCCGGGUGAACCCCAACGCCUCCAGGAAGAAGGGGGUGAAGAAGAGAUGAGAAGUAGAGCGGGAAUCUUCUCAGCUUUCACUGUAUUUAUUCAAGCGGUUCCUUCUGUAAAAGUUGAACCUUGGAUAGAAAAAAAGUGACAAUUUUUAAUGUUGUAACCUGCUUAGCUUAAAAAUAUGUAAUUUUCUGGAGUGAUGAAUGUAGGCCGGUCCACGGUGCAUGCUGCUGAGUUCAACCUGGCCGAGACUGCCCAGGAUUGGUGAUUUGCCGGUCAUGUGAUAUCAGGAAUGAUCACUGUGUUGUCUGAGCUCCAGAAUACACUUCCACCACGAAAAUGCAGUGAAAGAGGAGCAGAUGUUGUUUUUGAGCUAGCAGCUUUGACAUGUAAUCAAUUCACAUUAGGUUGGAUUUGAAUAUUUUUUCUCUAGAUGGGGUUCUCUGUGAUCAAGCGCGGUCUGCUAAAGAGAACCUCAUCCUGGCUUUCAGUGUAAGUUUGUGCCUCUGUGAGGAAUAUUAAAACAUAAAUAAGUAAUGGCGAUACCGGAACAUGGCUGGUUCAAACCUAACCCCAUGUCUACUCUUAACCGCCGAGCCUCUUUAUGAGAUUUGGUGUUUACAAGUUAAAAACUGUUUUUUUUUUUUUUUUU